CUCAUUUGGGAGUCCAGCCACCCAAGGAUUUCCCAAUUCUUGGAAGGAUUUUAUUACUGUAGAUAUAUCCUCCAAGAAAAUUCUUUAUUAGGAAUCACAUAAUUCAAUACAUCGGAAAACAACAUUCAUAUGAAAACUUAGUAGGUUACAAUGUAAAGUACAAUCCGCUUGAAGGGGGGAGAUCCAACGGUAAGUCCUUUCUGAGGAAUCUAACGGUAAAAGAAUUAAGUUUUGGAGUUGGAAGGCAUGAAGCUGCAGUUGAGGUGAUAGAGAGCUCUUCUUUCAAGUUACAGUGCGCGAGUUAAUCGUACAAGUAGAAUGGGUUUUGUUGAUUGGCAAUUGUCAACAUCCCGCGCUCCACUACAUGCUAGGUGGGGUCUGUGCUUUGACGCCUUUUGCUUUUGGUGUGAAAUGAAAGAAUGAAGACAGGGGUGAAGCGCAGCGCAGAGCAAUGAUUUGGUUGCCUCACCCCUUAUUUCAUGUCAAAUGUGUGCCGCGUUAAUGCCAGGCAGGGGGAGCCCGCCUCUCCGUUAAUCUCUCCCGCUCAGUCGCACUUCCAGUGCCAAUGCCAAUACCAAUGCCAAUGCCCCUUUCCAUCUACUGCUUCCUUCAACUUCUUUCAUGCCCAUGACCAGCAGCAGCAGCAGCAUCAUCACCAUUAGCAUUGCCUCUAGCACCACCGCCUUCCACCAUGGGCUGCGCUUAUGCCAAGCAGUCAUCAGCUGCUGCCUGCAACAGAUCAUCAUCAUCACCAUCAUCAUCAUCAUCAUCAACACAGCAGCCAUCACCACCACCACCACCAAAGAGUGCAUUGGUAGAGACUGCCAAUGGAAGUGGGAGACAUGAUAAUGAUCCUCAUGCCAUGGUAAAGUGGAAGUGGAGCAAUAGAGAGGCAGAGCAGGUAGCAGCUGGGUGGCCUUCAUGGUUAACCGCUGUGGCUGCCGAAGCAAUUCAGGGAUGGAUUCCUCGCAGGGCUGACGCUUUUCAGAAGCUUGAUAAGAUUGGGCAAGGAACAUACAGCAAUGUAUAUAAAGCAUGUGACCUUGACACUGGAAAGGUGGUUGCCCUGAAGAAGGUGCGUUUUGAUAAUUUGGAGCCUGAAAGUGUUCGGUUUAUGGCACGGGAGAUACAGGUUUUACGAAGACUUGAUCAUCCAAAUGUUGUCAAGUUAGAGGGUCUGGUUACAUCAAGGAUGUCUUGCAGUUUGUAUCUUGUGUUUGAAUAUAUGGACCAUGACCUUGCUGGACUUGCUGCAUGUCCUGGUAUAAAGUUCAGUGAAGCUCAGGUUAAAUGCUAUAUCCAACAAUUACUAUCUGGGCUUGAUCAUUGCCAUGUCCGUGGUGUACUGCAUCGCGAUAUAAAGGGUUCAAAUCUUCUAAUUGACAAUCAAGGCAUUCUAAAGAUAGCUGACUUUGGCCUUGCAACUUUCUUUUCUCCUGGUCAAAAGCAGCCCCUGACAAGUCGCGUAGUGACACUUUGGUACCGACCUCCAGAACUUUUGCUGGGUGCAACAGAUUAUGGAGUUGGUGUUGAUCUGUGGAGUACCGGUUGUAUACUUGCAGAACUGCUUGCUGGCAAGCCUAUUUUGCCAGGAAGAACAGAGGUUGAGCAACUGCACAAAAUAUUUAAAUUUUGUGGUUCACCAUCAGAAGAAUAUUGGAAGAAGUCUAAGCUGCCACAUGCAACCAUCUUCAAGCCGCAGCAACCUUAUAAACGAUGCAUUUCAGAAACCUUAAAAGAUUUUCCACAAACAGCGUUGGACCUGAUAGAGACACUUCUUUCUAUUGAAGCUUCUAAUCGUGGAACUGCAGCUUCAGCCCUUAAGAGUGAGUUCUUCACAACGAAGCCAUUUGCAUGUGAUCCUUCAAGCUUGCCUAAAUAUCCACCCAGCAAGGAGUUUGAUGUUAAAAUUCGUGAUGAUGAAGCAAGAAGGAAAAGAGCUAUAGGAGGAAAGGGACGUGCACAUGAAGCAGCAAGAAGAAUAUCACGAGAAUCUAGGGCAGUACCAGCACCAGAUGGCAAUGCUGAAUUAGCUACAUCCAUCCAGAAGCGGCGUAUGGUUUCUCAAGCAGCCUCCAAGAGCAACAGUGAAAAGUUCAAUUCGCAGCAGGAGGAUAGUGCUGUGGGAUUUCCUAUUGAGCCUCCGAGGGCAAUGAAUUUUUCAGCUAAAGCUUGUGGUAAUGCUCAAACCCAAAUCCUGCAAAAUGGAGGACGCUCUUCUGACCCAAUGUCAAAUCCAAGAGAAAAUGGUUUGCUACAGACAAAGAAUCAAAAUGAGGAUGAUGCUGUGAUGGAUUCUAUGUGGGCGCCAAGUAGGACUUCAAAGUCAUUAACCAAACACGAGCCAAAAUUGCAGAGUGCAUAUGGAUCACUGGCAAGAGAAAAUUUAUCAAAUAUUUCAAUUUCAGUAGCAGCCACAAAUGCCACAGAUGCAUUUAUUCACAAAGAUGGGAGAAGUUUGCAGCAAUGUGAUGAUGGUGAUAAAAUUGGGAAGGUAGGAAAAGAAAAGCAUCAACUAUCGCAACUUCCUGAGCAUUCAAUGAUAAAGGAAUUAGUUCCUUUCCAGCCACCAGAGUCGGAUUAUUUAAAUAAAUUUCUCUUGCAAGAUGUCUCUACAAGUAAUUGCAAAAGGGAUGAAAGGCAAGUCAAUAGGGAACCCUUCAUGGGUUAUAGCAAUCCUGAAGAAAGAGUUGAAUAUUCUGGACCGUUGGUGCCACAAUCAACAAAUAUUGAUGAAAUAUUAGAAAAGCAUGAACGCCAGAUUCAACAGGCUGUGCGCAGGGCACAGCAGCAGAAGGGUAAGAUACAAAAGAAGCUGGAUUGCUUUUUUCCCAUAACAGGGAGAAUAUAGCCAUAUAGAAAAGCUGAGUUUUUAGUAAUAUUGAACAUGGGAUCUGAGGAACCACUGAUGAUAAAUAAAAUGGAGCACAUAGGUAAUCAGAGAGAGAUGACAUCAAGCCAGAGAGGGCUAUAAAAGAAGUGAGAAAUUUGAUGUCUUCUCAUAAGAUUGGCUCUGUUGCAUGGCUAGAGAUGAUCUUUUUCUAAGCUGGUUAUUACAUUCCUGAAAUGUUUAGUGGCCACUUUUUUAGCAUGAAAGUUAGGCUAUUAUUGAGUAAAUAUAAUGGAAAUUAUUAUGAAGGGUUUUUUUGGAUUUCUGUUAAGAACUAAUAUUUUCCAUAGCAGGGGGUUAGUCCUUGCCACCUGAAAUUCUGGAAGUCAUCAUCUAUAUUUUUUAAGAUGCCAGAUGCCAGAUGCCUGCAAAUCAAUUAGAAUAGCACGGCAAUCUGCGUAACUAUUUAUCAACUGAUUUCAAGGAAAUAGUCUUGUAGUGCCUAUUUCUGAUGAGUUGGAGGUUGAUCACAAAGAGCUGCUGUUAUAAAUCCUACGAAGCUUGUAGAACUUGAGCUAGAGUGCUUAGUUAAGUUUAUCCAUAAGACUGUCCAACAUGUAAAAGAAAAACAAAUUGUCUUUCUGUUAUUUGGGAUUCUUGAAGUAAGAAUAAAAAAAGCAUGUCAUUCUAAACUUUGAAGCGCGCUUCCAAAGUCUUGGGUUUAAUGGGAAUGGCAUUUUUACAAAAUGUACAGAUAUUCUAAAAGUUAUAGAAAUGCUAGUGGCAAGCACAGAAUAUUUCCCACGA